AAGUCCAUCGCCAAGCUUCAAAGAGAGCUCGAAAAUACGGUUCGGGAUCUUGACGCCGCGAAGAACUCUAUGCUGGAGAAGGACCGUAUAAUUAAACAGCGCGACGCGCUUCUCGAGUCUCACGGGCUCGAAUCUAGGAGACUAGCUGAAAUGCUCGACAAGGAGCGGCAAGCUCAUCGUAACACUAAGAAUCAGUUCGAAACAUUCCAGCGCACCCAUCAGCACGUAUCGCGGACCGUCACGAGCCAAGAUUCGCGCAUCCUUGAACUCGAGACCAGCCGUGCGGCGGACAAGAAGAAGAUAGCGCAGCUCGAAGCUUCGUUUAAGGAACAGCUAAACGAGCGAAACAAUCUACUACUAGUCUUGUGGACGCGUCUCUCGACGCUCUGCGGCACUGAUUGGGCCCACGAUAAUAGUCUCAUCAACGGCCGCGCUCUACCCUCGCUCGAGUCUGUAUCUACAAUGCUCCCCGGGUUUGCCAAGAACUUGAUGAGCGCCGUAAAGACCAUCGAGGGUAUAGUGGGAAAUUUCCAAACUCGCAUAAAGUCGGUCGAGCGUGAACUGUGGAAAGAAUAUCAGUCUCUCGAAAAUAGCCUUGACGCCAAAUCUAAGAAACUUGAACGUCUUGAGACUAUCGUCCGCACUGGCAUCGCAUCCGGCCACUUUGACGCGCAUGCUAAGAUAUCUCAACUCGAGACCGCAUACCGAGCCCUGAAGAUCGAGAAUGCUACUCUUCAACGCGCCAACGAUGCACGUACUCGUGGAGCUGGUUGGACGGGAUCGAAGAAAGCGAGUAGCAAAUCCUCGCGAGAGGACCUUAUUGAUGGAGGUAGUCCCUCGCCAUCCGUGCCGACGGGACCGCAUCACCGAGAAUCAAAACUUCCGCGCAGCAAGACCACUCACUUGGAAACACCUAGCUCAAGCGGUAAGAGCGGACCCGGCAGCAUGUCUCGGAGCGCCUCUACUAUGGGUGCAUCUGAAUUGGAGCGGUUAAGCACUUCCAACGGUGAUCACUCUUCUGGAAAGAAUAGUGACGACAACAGGUGGAUGUUCAGACUACGAGAGCUCGAGUAUAAGCUCAAGCAGGAGAGAGAAGCCAGGCAUAUGGACCGAGCAGCAGCAAGGCAGAGAAUACAGGAUAGCGAACGCCAGAACAACGAGCUUGCUGCUGAGCUAGUGAGAGCGAAAAGAAGAGGUAACGGCGAGUAGAAACAAGGGGGCAAGUACUCCGAGAACACGGGGAAUUACUGUAAAGAGGAAGAAGUUGGACGUACGACUAUAAUUACUGACUGGUACCUUGUAUCUGUAUCAACGCAUUGGCGCUUGGCGUUCCUAGGAACGCGUUUAGUGGGCAUACGCAUCUACGGCGUUCUUUUGUCUGGGGGUUGCAACAAAAAGCACAUUUACUUUGUUCUGGGACUGGGAGGUGAUGGGUGGACUAGGUAAAGCCCACAAUCGUGGGUUUAUUGGGACGCAUUGGAGACGAUUAGUGAUAUACUACAGUUCUACGCUGCCAAUCAAUACUAACGGUGGCUCUUUUUGUCGCCUUGACUUCUAGUAUUUGGUACAAUGUGGUAGUGUGUUCUCGUUGUCCUUUCCGUAAAGAUCAUCAUUUAUACGACAGCCUAGCCGUAAAGUAAGAACCGACUAAGGGCAACGAAAAAUACCUGUUUAAAUAGCACAUGAAGACAAGAUGAACUGGUAAAAAAAGAAAAAGAUUAAAAAAAUUCAAUCGUUACUCGUAUCGAGGGGAACGAACUGGAAAGGGACAAACGGUGAGUUGGAUGCGAGCAUUUUGGAGAGCAGCCAACAAUAUCAUGAAGCGAUAUUUACCUAGGUAG